AUGUACAGGGGAAUAAGGAGUUUUGUUUGGAUGCUUGGGGCCAUUUCUGUGGGUUUUUCAUGUGUAUGCACAGCAAAUGCAGGGAAAUGGGAAGGGAAGAAACAGAUUUGCAAUUUGUAUGACGGAAAGUGGGUUUAUGACGAAUCUUAUCCUCUUUAUGACUCGCGGGCAUGUCCAUUUAUUCGCAAAGAAUUCGACUGCUUGAAGUAUGGCCGUCCUGAUCAUCAGUACCUUAAAUAUAGAUGGCAACCCAAUGGUUGUAACUUACCCAGGUUUGAUGUUAAAGAUUUUUUGAGGAGAUUAAAAGGCAAGAAAAUCAUGUUUAUUGGGGAUUCUGUGAGUAUCAAUCAUUGGCAAUCACUUUUAUGCCUUCUUCAUACUGCUGUGAACGGAUCAAACAUCAUACGGAAGACAAAUGACAAAACUUCUACUGUUACAUUUCAGGUCUCCUUGACAAGAGCUCACCGGAGACGACAGAGGAAGCAACCCACAGCUACUGAAUAA